AUGAAAAGUUACCUGGAACCUGCGAAACGGAGUGAGAAUGCUGGUGAUGAAAUAAACCAAGAAGAUUCUUUGAGUCCAUCUUUGUUCAAGACCCCCAAUAAUGUGCGAAAGUCCAAAAAUGAGAGUAAUGACACUGCUAGCCGAUCCAAUUCACCUAGCGGACCUAACUCAAGAAGGCCUAGAAGAUCUGCAUCACAGAAAGUGGACUACGAUUUGAAAAAGAGGAGAAUCAUUCCUUCGGAUGACUAUUCGAUGAAACAGAGGGGCAGAAACCCAUCUUGUUCGUCAUUGGAGAAGAAUAGGGAUGAUGACGAGGGAGAUGAGGUGGAUGAUGAAGAGGGAGCGACUUUUAAGAGCGUCAUAGAAUGCGACGAAGAGGGGAACGUAAUACAGAUGAAUGAGCCUGAGAAGAUUAAAGAUGCAAUCAACGGUGCAACUGGUUUACCUCUGAGUCAAGGACCUCCGGAGAAGGUUAAGAAGGAGUCUUUGUGGAACUAUAAAAGGGCUCUAUCUUCUCCAAACUCUUUUGUUUCUCUUUCGUCAUCUGAGGACAGAAGUGGCUUGGAAUUGAAAAUUUAUAGGCCCAAGUUGAAGACUGAAAAAUCCGAGACCAUCACAAGAUUAAGUAGCCUGAGGCAGAGGAUACAUCCCAAAGAUAUCUACAAAGAUAAAAGAGACAAGUACAUCAAGCCGGAAUACGAAAACGCAUCGAAAAAGGAUCUUGAACAUCAUCCAUCGGCACAUAUCAAGAUAAAGGCUACUGUUUCGAAAGACUCGAAAACGAAACUUUUUGGACAGAAUUCCUUAACCCAUUUGGCUGCCACAACCGCGAGAGGUAGUUCCAGGGGCUCAACGCCCGCUCAGGAAGUCGAAAACGAUGAUUUUUGUUCAUCAUGUCUGCAAACGGGAUCCUUCUUAUGUUGUGAUACAUGUCCCAAGUCAUUUCAUUUUCUGUGUCUAAAUCCACCUCUAGAUCCUGACAAUCUUCCUGAGGGUGAUUGGUCCUGCACGCAAUGUGCUUUCAAGCAAAACCAUCCCAAUCUGUCUCAGGUUAAGAAAGUCGAGAAAGAAUUCAUAGGAACGAAACUGCCUAUCAACGCUAGACUUUUUGGAAAACUAUUAUUUCAAUUGGAGGCCACCAAUCCUCGACAGUUCAAGCUCCCACAGUCCAUUAAAGACACUUUCCAGCACGUAAAAAGUGGCUCUAGAGCGCAAUAUUGUGACGAAAGAGAGAAAGAGCAUCUUUCAGAAAAGCAACUUUUCGACUCGCCGUACGGACAGUGUAUCACUAAGCAGGAUACAUAUAAUCCUGACAUACAUAUCGAUCAGGACACUGGUAAGCUGCUGGUAUGCUACAGAUGUGGUACUUCUAAAAUGGGGACAUGGGACAAUCCAGAAAAAUCACGACUGAUUAUGAGAUGUGAUUAUUGUAAAACGCCGUGGCAUUUGGAUUGUGUACCGCACGUACCUCGCGCUUCGCUUAAGAAUUUAGGUACAAAUUGGAAGUGUCCGUUGCACGCACCCACCAAGGGAGUUUUCCACAAGCAGAGAAGAUUGGUCCGAGCUCAGAAGUACGUGGAACCCCAACAAAGUUGUGGCUUCAAGAAUGAUGGUGAGAUUGAUAUCGUUCUCGAUGAAAUUAGCGCUCCUGCCUCUAGGGGAAUGAUGGAGAGUCUAAAGAGAGAUGGAGAUUUUCCACCCAUUUCAAUCCUUCGAGAGAAGUCGAUCAAGUUGGAUUUCCUGGACAAAGUUCUCCAAGCCAAGAAGGUGCAAAGAGAAAAUGACUUUAAAUCCCAAGAGCGGCUGAUAGACAAACUUGUAACAUCUCAUGAACGAAGCAAGAAAAACGAGAACAGUAGCCUUGAUGAAGUUCUUUCAUUUCUUUACUUUACGCUAAGUGGCACUCCCAAUUUGAAGAAACUGUGGGAUUUCAAAGAGCUCUGUAAAGUGGCAGAGCAGCAGUCAAUUGAGCAGGAACUCAAAGAAGAUAGAAUGACAAAUGAAGAGCUAAAGCAGCUUGUAAUACUAAAGAAAUUAUUAGAAUCGAAGCCUAAAGAAGAUAUUCUAAAGAUUUUGAAUUUGAAUAAGUGA